GAGGCUGCCAGUUCCUUGAGACUCGCCCUAGCGACGGCUCUCGCGGGCCGGCGGUCGGACCCUGUCCCAGAGAAGGAACCUGACUACUCGCCCGCAGGCAAGGAGGAGCUGGCCGAUGCAGAUGUUCCGAUGCCGGACGCUGCAGAGGCUGAAGCCCCGGGUGAGCCCCAGGCCAAGGCAGUCGCUGUUGCCAAGGCCAAGGCAGCAGCAGCCAAGGCUAAGGCAGGUGCCGUCAAGCAGGAACUCAUCGGCGACUUCAUCGCCCGCACCGUUAAGGCGAAGUCGGGGCCGGCUCAGCCUCCCCCUCGCAGCAGCGAGGACGAGACGCUGACUGGCGCGUUCAAUGUCAGUGGCCCUGGCAGUGAAGCUGGUCCGAUCAACACAGGUGAAG